AUGGAUGUUGAAGUGAUAAUUAAUAAGCUUCGGGCCAAGUUUUUGAAACAGAGUUCUGAGAGAGAUCAGCUGAAUAGGAUCAUUAAACCGUUUGGGGAGGUUUCUGAAACAACUUUGAAGCUGUAUGAGGAUGAGAAUGGUGAAAAUAUGUUACAGCGGUUGGAUUCCCCUCCUAUUGCGGAAAGUUCUGUGAAAUAUGGCAGGCAUUCGAAGAAUCAUUCUAUUGGGACUGAAUCGAAUCUGUUCUCUGCUUCGCAAAAUAAUACGAUGGUUUCCUUAGUGGAAGAAGAGGAAGAGGGAACAGAUAGAGUCAGGAAUGGCAUUGCUGAUUAUGGUAGAAAUGUGCUUGCGAAAAAAUCCAGUUCGAAUAAUACUUUAGGAGAUAAGUCUCAUGAUAGCAGUUCAAAGGGACAAUCCCGGUCCAGGUCAAGAUCUCGGUCGCGAUCUCAAUCUAUUAUCGGCGGCGGUGCAGGCGAUACAAACAGCUUGAAGCAUAAGGUGGUCAGCACUUUACAUAGAAGAGGAAGCGAAUUGUCUUUGCAAAGCAGCACGUCUAAGGCAUCUGAGAAACUGAAAACCGCCAAAAAGUCAGGACUUCGGCUCAGCCGAUUAUUUAGAGCUUCAAGUACGUCUUCUUCAUCCAAGGAACCCACUAGUAGUAAGGCCAAUAAGUUCAUUCCAGGUAGAUCGAGGGCUGGUUCUUUGAAAAAACCAGUGUUGAAUUUAUAUGACCAUUUCCUGUACACGAAUGAGGGUCUUGAUAAUUUGGACGACGAAGACGAUGAUGACGAAGAUGAUAAAUAUGAAUACGAUAAGGGGGCUGUGCUGAAUUUCUUCGGGAAAGAGAAGCGGAACAAUAGCUCCUCUAGUAGCUUAGCUCUGGACGAGAAGGUUAAAUCUACCAAGAGAACGAAUUUCUUGGAAAACUUUCCUUUGAAUCCACAUAACAUACUACAAACUUCUGAUACCGUAAGUUCCAACGAUAGCGAGAGAAGACAUAAUAGUCAAGCGAAGCGUGGUGGGAAACAGAAAGAAUAUGAUAAUGGAAAGGAUGCCUCCUCUUACAUUGAAUCGUAUCUCAAUCAACCUGAUUUGAAGCCCUUUGAUCUGCAGAAUGGGAUUACAAUAGAAACUGCUCUAAAUAAUACGGACUCUGAUGCUAUUAACAGCAAAUCAGAUGGUAUUCCACGCAAUUCUUCCAGCUUUAUUUCGGAAAGUGAAGAUGAGGAUUUGAUCAGCAAUGAUGAUGCAUCAUCAUACGGUAAAUCUCUAUUAGAUUCUGAUUUCAGCGGAGAUGAAUUUGAAUCCAGUCACCUUCAAUCGUCAGAUUUGUCUUCAAUGACUUUCGAUUCUCAUGAGAUCCCUAACAACUCCAUUCCAAGAUCAAGGGCACUUACUAUGUACCAUUCUGGUGAUGAUUCGACGUUGGAUAAGGAAUUGGAUAAGGCCACCAAAUUAUUGCAUAUGGCCAAUAAGGCUCCUAGAGAAUCCCUUUCUCAAUCAGAACCUAGAGAAAGUACCGGUGCUGUGGGGAAAAGAGGUUUGAAUUUAUCUCAGCCGGAAUUGCGUUCAAGCGCUAUGAAACAUCGCAGCUCGACGUCAAGUAUGUCAGAGUCCAUCAGGUCAAGACACCUUUUGCCCAUUGAAAGACAUAGAAGGACUUCAUCAGUGGCCACUCAAAGCAGCGUUGACAAAGAUACAAUAGAGCCAUCAACAGAACCGGAGUUCGUCAUUGAAAAAGUUGAUGUUGGUAAUAAUCACCCACAAAGUGAGUCUACUCUAUCAAUUCUCUUCAACAAAAGCAAAACUACACAAAUCAAUCCCUUGGAAUAUUUCUGUGCCGUGUCUGCGGAGAAAGAACUUCGAAGUAACGCUUUAAAAUUGGAUGUUUACAUUCAGGAUUCCAAAACAUAUAAACGGAAGCCAUUUACUAUUAGUGUCAAGAAGACAGCAACCGUUUUUGAAGUAUUGGGAUAUAGUUUAUACUGUUACUCGACCGAAUUCAAACCCCCUGAUACGGCAGGGGAACUUCCGACAGAUGAAAUUAAUAACCCCAAUCAUUUCACCCUCAAAAUUGUUGAUGAAGAUGGUGAACCUUACGAAGAUAAUUUCGGAGUCUUGGAGAGAACUCAGCAGAUCAACACAAUAUUUGAUAAUGAGGUUGUCAUAUGCAAAGUAUUGAACGAUGAACAGUUUGAACGGAAUGAAGAAGAGACACCCUUACCAAGUGUCAUGACCGAUGACUUCGAUCAAGAAGAUAGCAAUGACGGGCUGUCUCAUCUCAAUCAAUUAAGUUACUACAAAUCGAUUAUUCCCUCUAAGAAUACACAAAUGUCUGAUUCUGGUUCUAACUAUGUGAAUAUAAAAGUGUUCUUGUAUCCUAAUUUGAAUCCUCAGUACAAUUUCACAAACAUCAGAAUACCUGUGACUUCCAAGAUUAACGAAGUAUUAGUCAAUUACUGUAAGUUGAAGAACCUCGAUCCAACGGAAUACGUAUUAAAAAUGGAAAAGAGAAAUUUAAUUCUUGACUUGAAUGACUACGUUACAAGCUUAGAUGGUAAUUAUAAUGUGGAACUGUUGAAGAAGAAGGACGCAAGAACGAAAAAAUUUGAAAGAAUGAAAGCCGUUACCAAUCAACCUGUAUUACCAACAAUUCAGAGUACUGAACUAACACCAUUAACGCUAACAAUGGCAAACGAUAACAGAUUGUUGAAUAAAACUCUACAGGAAGAAGAAACUUCUGCUAACAGUGGUCGACCAACCUCGAACAGAACAAGCUCAAAGAAUUUAUUCAGUAUCAACAAGCAGCAUAACACAUCUUCCUCUACCUCUGGCUUUUUUAAACUCAAAAAUUCCUCAAAAUCUUCUCUCAACAAUGGCCAGAAAUCUCCUAAACUUGGGAGUUUAUCCAAACCAUCAAAUAACGUUUCUGGAAAUAACAGUUACAAAGAUCUCUUUGCUGGUUCCUACUAUAAAUAUAAGGUAUGGAGAAGACAACAAAUGUCAUUCAUCAAUAAACACGAGAGGAUGUUGGUCAUUGAUGGUGACUACGUUUAUAUAAGUGGGCCUGAUGGUGAUUUCAAUUGGACACACGAAAACGUCAAGACGAAAUCGUUCCAUAUAAGCCAAAUUACCCUGGUGAAAAGGUCUAAGCGCGUUCCAGAAUAUUUCAAGAUUUUUGUUCACAGACCUGAUAGAGAACGGAGAUAUUAUUUCGAAGCUGUGUCGGCUGAAGAAUGUGUGGAAAUCAUUACUAGGUUGCAAAACCUUAUUAGAGUGUACAGAAUGAAUCAAAAGUGA